AUCUCGCGGGCCGGCUGUCGAGCCCCGCCUAAGAGGUCUGCCGCUGACCGGGGUCGGCGGACGUGUGUGCGGCUAUGAAGUGCGGCUGGGCUGCCGGGGCUGGUGUUCAGCUGGGUCUGCACGGGCGCGGUUCCUGGCUGUUGGUGGAAUCCGGGUGUGGCUUUCUGCAGGGUAGCUGUUCUGGUGGCCUUUCUGCUCACCUUGCUGCGUCCUCCCAUCGGGCUCCCUUAGGACGGAGCUGCUGCAAACGUCAGUUUGAUUAGAAAUGGGCAAGGAGGUCACCUCACAGCUACGGGGAAAUAAGCCUGGGAAAAAACAAAAUGACAAACCACGCAUAGAAACAAGCAAACAAAAACAGGCAAAAAGAUGUAAGUAGGCUUCAUUGGAAAGGAAGAUAGCAGGUCACGGAGAAUCUAGCGUGACCUGACGUGAUGCAAUGAAGACAGGGCCAGGCUAUUUCAGUGGUGCCCAGUCCCACUCCUAAGACAUGGUCCAUGUUUUGAAAAUGUCUGAGAGUGCCCCAGUUACCUUCUGCUUUCUGCCUACUUCCAGGCAAGAAAUGGUUGUUGAAAUAAAAUGCAGAGAACUUACUGCAGUCUCUGAGAAGUAGCCCAGGAAAGCCAGAACUCUGUCUGGCAAUCAGCAUCUCUGAAGGUUAUACACACAUCCUUAAUUUAGCAGUUGGUUAAUAAUACAUCAGUGGUAAACUGCAAUCUUCAAAAUAGUCUCCUAAAAUAAAUUUGCAAUGAAUAUCCUUGGUAAGAUUUUCAAAAAAAGAUUGAAGAAAAAUCAAUAGGGUGUUGUCUCUGAGGCUUCAAAGGCAUGGUGACUGCUUUAAAACAAGGCAGCUGUGCCAGAAAGGCUCUCUGCCAGGGGUUUCUCUGCAGUUUGUCUAUAGAGGGCUGAGACCCUUAAGCAGGAUUGCCUGGUGUCAACUGCUUUUAACCACAGCCACCUGCCUACCAAAUGAAUAAAACAAGCAUCACAGUAUUUAUGAAGUACAUGGAGGCGAGAUAGAUGGCAACCUGGAAAUGCAGAGGCAAUUUGGUUUUGACUAGCUCCAGGAGUUCCAUCUGCUUUCGGCCUCCCACACUAAAUGUGAAGCAGCUCCAUCCUGGAGCAGAGGUUGGGAUGUGCUGGUGGUAGGAAUAUCUCUAGAGUUCCCUACAGUCAGCAAGGUACUGACUUUUGCUGAAUGUCCCAAGUUGGAAGGGACCCAUAAGGAUCAUUGAGUCCAACUUCUGGCUCCAUAUGGGACCACCCAAAAUUCAAACCCUGUGCCUGAGAGCAUUGUCUGAAUGCUCUUUGAACUCCAUCAGCUUGGAGCUACGACCACUGCCCUGGGGAGCCUGUUCCAUGCCCAGCCACCACAUGGUGAAAAGCCUUCCCAACUGUUUCCUGUAUUGUGGACCCCUGGCAUCACCACAGUAGGGAACAUCAGAAGCACCUGGGCACCUUCAGCAGGAACUUUGUGCACCUGAAGCUGCAGGCCAUGGGUACCGCUUGCCUCUGGCUGUUGUAUUUAUGUCAUCUCAUGAAUGAUUAAUUGUGUUGGGUCCUAGAUGGAUGCUGUCAGAUCAAAUUGCAGUUUCCCAGCUCUCUCAAGGUUGUGCUAGUUGGUAGGAUGAUCGUACAGUGUUGCAUGGAGGAUGUUGGAUGGAGCUCUCUGCUCCAGGGACUGCCUCCUCAUGGGCCUCAGCCUCUCAGCUGCCACAGCACGGCUGAGCUGCUGAGCCUGACAGGCACUGCUUAGUGCUCUGCCAUGAUGGAUAUGGGGAACUGAUGGUCUGCUCAGCCUAGUGCUGGUGAUGUCUCAAAAGCUGAUUAUUUGACAUUUUUGUCUGUCUGAGGUAUUCUGCUCAAGGUUGAAGCUCUGCUUUAAGUUCCAGAUGUCCUUUUUAUCUCUGAUAAACAACCUUCCCGAGAUGGGAUGUUUCUCUUCAAAGAUUCAAGACUGUCAUAAAUUAGACCCAUAGGGACAGCAUCCUUGAGAUGAGGGCACAAGUCCAAAAGAGGACCCAAUCAGAAGAGACUAAAUGUCCUUGUGCUCAAAUACAGAUAAAGUGAGGAGUGGGAUGCCUCCCCAAACAAUCACUGAAGACCCUUGCACAAGCACAGAAGAUUCAAAUAUGUUAUGUAACCUUAUACUUACAUAAACCUAUGAAUAUGUAAUGGAUAGGUGUCACUUAUGUAUUAGGUAGGCAUAUAGUGAAAAAUUUGACUAUAAAUGGAAGCCAGCAUAAAGACUCAGAGCACUUGAUUUGUGGGAAUAUUCCACCUUGUGCCCUGCCCAGAAUAAAGCGAUGUCUCCUCUCCAAACACUCGUCCUUUUGAAUGUGUUUUGGGAGAUACAGAAUCAACAACAUUGUUAUCAUUUCUGUAAGCCUGGGGGACGCUGAGGCAGGUGGCCAGACCCCUGGAUAUCCAUCUGCAUAUUCAGGAGUUGUUCCCAGCUGGUUGGCUGCCUCUGGCCACCCCACUCCCUCUUUAUAGGACAUGAGCAUAGCAGGAGGACUUGCUGGGUGGCUUCUCCAGCAUCCUGCAGCACCCAGCACACAUCCUGCACCUUGGCAGCCCAGCUCUGAAUCUCUAGCUGACAGAAGCAUCGCCGGGAACGCCUGCCAGUCUGUCCCUGGAAAUGAUCCCCUACCAGUUGCAGGGUAGCUCACUGGUGCCCAGGCAGAAAGAGGACACGAGGAAUGGCAGGUCUGCCCCCGCCCAGGACAGAGGCUGUGUUGCCACAAAGCACCACCAAGGGAUGAAAACAGAACCCUGUUUCCAGAUGGACCCUCUGUUGCCUUCCCCUAGCUCAUCCCUCAUGUCACAACUGCUCAGCCACACAGCAGUUAGCAGGAGCCUGGACCCCUGCACCCAUUUCCCUUCCUCUGCCGUGGAGCCGCCCCAGGGCUAUGAACUUGGUGUGCCUCUCAGAGAAGCAGCACAAACCCUGGCUAUCACCAGAACCUGUGGCCCCGCUCCUGUGCCCUGUGCAGCUGAUGGGGAGCAGCUCUCCAAUGAGUACCUACAAGCCAAGAGGGCUAGAGUGGAGAGCAUCAUCCAAGGCAUGAGCAUCCCUCCAGCCCACCAGGGCUUGGAGGGAGGAUUGGGGCAGGGCAGGGAGAGAGGCAGGGAAGUGCCCCACCGGGGCAAGAGGAAGCCGAGGGUACCUCAGCAGCAGGGAGCGGGAGUGGCUGGGCAAGGGGCACCUGCCACGGGCAGCCCCCACACAGCAGAGUGCCAGCAGCUGAGGGAGCAGCUCUGCUUUCUAGAGCAGCAGCUGAGGUGGCUUCAGGAGAGGUUCUCCCAGGUCUGUGACUCUGGGGAUGCUGCCCAAACCCAGGAAGGUGCCGAGGAAGUGCAACUGCUUCCUGGAAAAGCUGGAGACAGAGUGGGCAGGGAUGGUGUUGCCACCACCCACCAUCCACACACAGCCACUCUCUGGGAGAGCAUCCUGGAGGUGGAUGGGCCCACUACAGGGGAGAACGAGGAAGGCAGAGGCAGUGCAGGCAUCCUGCCCUCAGUGGCCAGGGUGCUCUCUCAGGCCUUGAAACACGAGCUGGCUGGGAUGACGUCCCGUGUGGUGGACUCCGUCUUGAAGACUGUGUGGCCAAAGACAGCCAGCCACCUCCUACAGCAACGGCUAGAACUAGGGCCAGAUGCCAGGGGAGAGUGUUUUCCUGCUGGGAAAGGCAGAAAACCACUUGCUAAGGCACCCUCCCUGAGCACACUGGGCUCACGUCGGCCAGAGGCACCAUCACUAUCAUUGGGGAAGAGCUCUCAGGCCAGAUCCUUCAGCCCGGAAGGAGUCAGAAACUUCCGUCAGGCACCCAGUGUGGGUCACAGGCCAGGCUCAGCUGCCCCAGCAGUGCAGGACAGUCAGCUCCUGGGCCAGCUGCUGGUCUACACCCCACACAACCACUGGGGCAGCCCUGCUGCCUCAGAGAAUUGGCGCAUGGAGCCCGCAGAUGCACGCUGGGCAGUCACCAAGCUGCGGCCAUUGGCAGUGAGGCCCCUGGGCCCUGACAUGGUGGAGGGGAACAGAACACCCCUUACGCCUACUCACGAGGCGCUGACUCCUGGCCACCUGAAGAAGGCCAAGCUGAUGUUCUUCUUCACCCGCUACCCCAGCUCAGCUCUGCUGAGGUCCUACUUCCUUGACGUGCAGUUCAGCCGCUGCAUCAACUCCCAGCUCAUCAAGUGGUUCAGCAACUUCCGUGAGUUCUACUACAUCCAGGUGGAGAAGUUUGCCCGGCAGGCCCUGCUGGAGGGCGUCGUGGAGGCCACAGCCCUGCGCGUCUCACGGGACUCAGAGCUCUUCCGUGCUCUCAACAUGCACUAUAACAAGGGGAAUGACUUCCAGGUCCCCAGCUGCUUCCUGGAGGUGGCAAGCCUGACGCUGCAGGAGUUCUUCAGCGCGGUGCGGGCGGGCAGGGAUGCCGACCCCUCCUGGAAAAAGCCUAUUUACAAAAUCAUCUCCAAACUGGACAGCCACAUCCCCGAAGUGUUCAAAGCUGCGGGCUGCUCCGAGGAGCUGCCCCACAAUUGAUCUGCCAGGCAAGGGGCUCCAGAAGGUUUUGGGUAACUGCUGGUGGGGUGGGAGAAAGGCUGGCUGUGCUGGACAAAUCCUGGACUUACGGCAUCCAUCAUUCUGUUUUAUUUCUGUCCUAUAAGACAGCCUCCGUGGGUGAAGUCUACAGUUUGCUCCAGGCAUCAGGAUGUUGUGCUAUACGUUUCAUUUGGCUGCUCAGAGGCAGCAGUGGAGACCCAUGGAAAGAACACGGAGAGGAAGCCAAAUGCCUGGAGCCUGGAAAUGGCUGCUCUCCUCCUGGCCCUACUCCAGCUUUCCCCAGGACCUGGGCCAAGCCACCUUUCUCCUCAUUUCCACAGAAGCACAGAUAAGGGCAAGUGGCCCUUUUUGUUUACAGAGCAGGCAGAGCUCCCAGCAGCGGGCAUCGUUUCCUUGGCAUGGCUGUCCAAGGCACUAUGCCUGCUCCAGCAGCACUCCUCAGACCCUGCCCAAAAACAACACAACAGCAUCCAAAGCAAACAUCUGGUGAAUUCCAGCAUUUUGAGAAGCCCAUGAGGAUGGCUGGCCCUGUCUGGGAGACAUCAACUGUUUGUGUCAGCCAGCACAAACAGCCCCUUCCCCGCCUCACCAGUGUCCUGCAGAGGAGCUGAAGCUGGACAGCAUGACUUGUGUUGGAAGGUGUCAGGCAGUGCUGGAAGUGCUGCGGGGUGCCUGCUGGGUGCUGGAGCACAGCAAAAUGCACGGAGAGGAAAAUCGAUGCAGCACAAGCAAUCCUGCAGCAGGGUGCCUGUAGCUGGAUGGCAACACCUCAUGGCUGAGCAGUGCAGUGCGGGUGGGCUCCACAGGGGCUGUAUUACAGUGGCCCUUGCCAUUGUGAGCGGGGUUAGCCACAUUCCCUGUCUGGAUUUGUAUGUUAAUUGCUUGAGGUCUGUAUGUUGUGCAAACCCAACUCCAAAUUUACUCCAUCUAUUUUUAAAUAAAUACAGCCUAUGUUACCACUUUACAUCCCCAGAGAUCUCUGUGAUAACUUUUUCUCUAAAGCUUUACCCUGGGAAUUUCUUGCAUUUUGUUGGGAAAGAAUAACCCCUUGAGAGAAGAGCUUAGUGGCUGUGCUGUUGAUGGUGUGGUACAUAGUUUCAUGCAGCCUGGUUGUGCUUAGAACACAGCAGGCGGUUUUCUCUUGAAGACAAAUGCCUGGCACAUGGGGAUUUCUAUUGGCAAAGUGUGCGUGCUUGUAGGGCUGGGAGAGAGGGAAGAGACUGCACCCACUACCAUGGCAACAGUGACCUCCCCAUGUGUGAGUGUGCUGUAAGAGUUGCUUUUCCAUUUUUCACUAAUUAUUCAAUGAAUCAACAGGGGUAGCACGCUCACAUCUUGCUGACUCAGUUUUACCUUUAAAGCAAAAUCAGCUAAUUCUGUAUCCAAACAUCUGUGAUACGUGCAUAACAUCCCCAUUACCACCAGUAGCCAUCUGCUCUGGGAACAGUCCUGCAUUUCCAAUUGCAUUCCCAGUCUCUCCAUAGCACUGCACACAGUCCACACAGCUAACAACAGCAGAUAUUGCUGAGCUCUAAAUACUGCUGUUUCUCUGCUUCUAGGCUAAGUGGCAGGAGGCAGCCGAGAGAGGGAGAUGUAACCACAUCCGUGUCCUUAGAGCCCUUAACACUUACUCAUGUCCAUUAUUAUGAACUGUAAGAGCUCUCAUUACUCACAGAGAGCUAACUGGGGCUUGAGGAAGUCCUUGCUGAAUGCUGAGCCUGGGUGCCACAGCAGCCUGGGGGGAACUGACAAGCAAUUAAAGAUCUUGCCUUAUCUUUACUGCUGCUAAUGGCCUGGGUCUGUCUGCAGAGCCUGAACUGGACCCUGAGGUUCCCAGCCGAAGCAGAGUUUCUUGGAAAGGAC